AGUGCACUAGCUAGCGUGAGUUCUGCGAAAAUCGUGAGUCAGUGGCACUUCUGACAGGAGGUCUGAGGGAAGGCGAGGGGUCCGGGAGGAGGAAUGCGAUGCACUGCUGUGCUGUGCUGUGCUGUGGGAAAAAGGCACGACGCUGUGCUGUUGGUGUGCAAGAGACGCGUUGGCAGGACUGGUAGCGCUAGAUGUACACACCAGAAGAUCACAAGAGCAGAGACCAGGGAGGAGUGUCGCAAGAAACACAGAAAAAUGAGACACCAGACAAGAUAACCGGAUAAUCAAUAAGCCUGAUAGGCCGAGCGAGCAGCAGGCAAGAGUCCAGCAGCGAGAAAAACAGAAUCAGAAACAGAC